AUGGCAAGUGUCAUGACGGAGGUAGGAACUGUGCGGCCGGGAGGGGAAGGCGAUCAUUAUCAAAGCAACCGGGUCAGGAACCACGUGGAUAACCACCGAAACAACGGUGCGAACGGUACUGGCCGGGGAGGGAACGCCGAACUGAUGUUGGGGGGCGAUGCUGAUGUGGAAAGGGGAAUUCGUAGUUUUCCUCGAAGGUAUAAUGCAAAUUUUCUUCCGUCCCCCUCGACUGAGAGGAAAAACAAAUCGAAGGAGGACAUGGACACUGAGGGGAAUACUGCUAUGGAGGUGGGAAUCCCCCGCACACGAAAUUGUUCGCAAAAAAAAAAUAACCACGGGGGUGAAAAAACAAAGGAUACGCGUGAAGGUAAAAAAAAUUUUUGCUUUAACGGGAAGAAAAAGUGCGGAAAAAAAAGCGGCAAACAAAAUGAUUAUACCAUCAACGAAUGGAACAAUGAACAAACAAAUUGUAAUUUAAAAAAUGAAGAAAUAUGUUUUUUUGGAGGGCACGAAAAUAACAAAAUGGAUUAUACACACCUGCAUGGAAAGUACAAGGGAGUUCGAAAUACAGAAGAAAGGGAGGGAAGUGGAAAAAAGAUAACCAGUAAUGGUCACAUGGGUAGUGACGUAAAGCACAACGCGCACAUGGAGGAUACAUCCAGCCACAAUGUGUGUGACAAAACGGAUGGAAAAAGUGUUGAGGUAAACCGUGUGGUGAACCAUGUGGACAGGGAGGAACAGCAUAAGGGAACAUUCCAGAGGGGGACGAAAAACCAUUAUAAUGAUGGAAAAUUUCGAACAAAACAUCCAAGUGUAAAUUAUUACGAUAGAUUCGAUUACGUGAAAAGGGAAAGGAUGGUGAAUCAUUAUAAAAAGUUAGACUCCGUUUACUCCAGCUAUAAUGGAAGGAACAAUCACUACUACCAUCAGAGGGGCGCUUACCGAAACGAACCCAACGGUAGGGGAACGACAGACCAUCGGUGGCAUCGUUACUACCCGAAUGAGAGAACCAACAGGGCGGCAGAGGGGGACAGGAGAGACCAAAAUGGAACUAUACAUCAUAGCGGUCGUGCCCUUCGCUUACCGUUGAAUAAUCUCCACCACGGUAGCAACAGGGACAUGAAUUACCCCAAUAAUCUAGUCAGCAGAAGGGGAAAUGGAAAAAGUACCCUGAGUCACACUGGUGAACAUGAAAAGGGAAGGGAAAAAGAAGUACCUGGUGUUCAGGUAGACUCAUUGCAAGAAAAUUAUGCACACACAAAUGAAGUCCAUUCCAAUCAGGGGAAAACACAUUCCCAUUUUAAUCUGAACGAAAAAUCAGAAGAACACUUCACGUAUAGUCUUCACGAAACCAAUGAGGAAUAUACCCCCACGCAGCAAAAUAGUUAUAUAGACGAAUCUAGCCAAAUCAACACGGUUGCAAAUGGUUGUAGAAGGAAUAUGCUUGAGAAGGAAACUGAAAAAGGCGAAAGGGGGCCGCAUUAUAUUCAUCGUGAGGUGAAAAAUAAUGACUUGGUGGAAAUCACAAGGGCAGAACCCAAUGGCCAGAGCACACAUAACGAUUUGGAGAAGAAAGACGGCACGAAUGAGACCCCCAGUGGAGAUACCAACCAGAAAGAUACCUCACCGAUGGAAGGUAGCCAAAAGGCAAAUGACAAUUUGAGGAAGUUGAAGAGGGAAGAAGAAAAAAAAAAAGUAAUGAAUUGGAAGCUUGAGGAACAGACGCUUCUUGAGGAAGGGUUGAGGGUUUAUAAGGAUUUAAAAAAUUGUCCAGAAAAAUGGGAAAAGGUUAGCGAAAUUGUCAAGACGAAGGGUCCGGAGGAUUGCUUGAAGCGAUUCCUCUACUGCCGGUUCAUCGUGCUGAAGGAGAAGCAGAAGAUGGAGAAGGAGAAGGAGAAGCAGAAAGAGCUGGAGCUGGAGGAACGGCAAAAAAAAGAGAGGGAAAAUCAGAGCGAACUCGAACCGAACCAACCGAAUGAGGAAGACAGUGAUCAGGCGAAUAACGAGGAGAUGGAUCAGGACAUUGACAGCGAUGACAUGAAAAUAAACAAUAAUGUAAACAUAACGGGGAAAAGUCUUGUGCUUAGUAACGUCCACAUCAAAAAUAUAUCUCUGUACAAGGCCAUCCAAUUGAAGCUGCAGCUUCUUUGCACCCGGUGCUGCAACACAUUUGAUGUCACCACGACGAGCAAAGAUGCUCCCCAGUUAGUUUGCACCUGCGUGAAUUGCAGCAGCAGUGCAAUUGUGGAAGUGUACAGAAAUAUUUGCUUUAUGGAGAACAGCUGUGUGUGUGUUUUGAAGUUUAACCAGUGCUCUCUGAUGGACUUGUUAAGCGGGGAUUACAGCGUGAAUUGUGAAAGUUGCGGGAGGAAGAGCAUCCUGAAGAAUGUCACUUCUGGCAAAGAAAUGCACAUCAACUGCCAGAAAUGCUUCACCAAGCUGGAGUUCAAAUACAGCAGCUUCUCCUUUGACGAGAUAAUCAACGCAAACAAUGCCGCGAUAAAAAAAAUAGACGAAAUGAUAAACAAACUGUUCACAAAAAAAAAGUCCAACAAGAAGGCCAUCGCUCCAGCGAACAAUUUGAAGAUAGAAAAAUGCAAAAACGUUAUAAAAGUAAAUAAUAUAGAAGUGAAGGAUGGUGCAUGCAAGCAUUUUAAAAAGUCUCAUCGCCUCUUCAAAUUCCCCUGUUGUAACAAGAUAUUUCCGUGUCCCACUUGCCACGAUUUAAAUAGCAACCACGAAUGUGGCAUUGCCAAGCGGGUGAUUUGCGGAUUUUGUUUUCGUGAAUUUGAUGACGACGACGUGUGUGUAUGUCAGCGGGACAAGAAGGCGAAGAAAGGCGGGAACUUCUGGGAGGGAGGAAAAGGAUGUCGUAAUGCAAUCACGCUAAGCAGAAAUGACUCCAAAAAGUACAAGUUGUUGAACCGGCAAACUGUGCAGAAGAAAAAGAAGAAGUAG